AUGCCGGACAUCCAAGAGCUUGCUUCGACCGACGGCGCGCAUGUGGGUCAGAAACAAUCGGCGUCGCCGGAUUCAUUUCCCCAAGGGGAAGAGGCCCUUUGUCGCGAGAUCAAGCGCCUACGCGCCGAGAAAAGCAGCCUCGAGGUCAAAUGCCAGGCUUACACUGAUCUCAUCUUACGUUUUCAUGCAGGCGAUGCAGCCGGGCUCACUGUCCCGACCCCCGCGCUGAGCUCCACGAGCGCUGCUGAGAUAGGGCCGCGCGAGUCGCUUCUUGAGUUCGCCAAGCGCACAUUGAACAUUGCACGGACUGGGAUCGACCCUGAUAGUGGGGUUGACUUCGGCUGCGCCGACAUGCUCGCACCUACCGACUACUUGGCCUGCGCCGAUUCGUGGAUGAGCCUUGCAUGGGAACGGCACCAAACCAAGGAGAAAUCGUCGGCUAUCAUUCCGGCGGCGGCACCUGUCGAGGAGACCACGCAGAUCAGCAGCCGCGGGCGGAUCUACCACGGGUAUAACGACAAUUACAAAUGGAUGGUCAACAAGGACGGAGUCCCUGUCGACGGCCGUGUCGCGCUUGCGGUCCUUCGCACUGCCCGAUUGAUCUUUACCCACUGGCGUCAGAAGAGUAUGCUCGCCCCCACCUUCCUCAACCUUCCAUACGAGGCUAUAUGUGCUUAUACGUUUGUCAUUGAGAAGAUCCAUCCGGUCCUCAAACUCGCGGGGGACCAUUUGACAAAGGACAAUCGCGAGUAUAGCAUAGGAAUUUACCCCAGUGAAGCGGAAAAGGUUUUCAAGAAAAAUGGCGUGGCAAAGGCGACAAAGACCGAGGAUGACCCUGUCGCGGCGUCGGAACAGCUAGGCUCGUCGGCAGCUAGCGGGCGACCGGAGUCGAACAUUACACAGGAAGGAGGUACCACUAGCAAGGCGAGUCUCCGUGUUCCCAAAUCUGUGCCUCGCCCGAGGCAGGCGAACAACUUGGCGUUAUGUAAAAUGAAGGAGAGGGACACUGGCGACGACUCAUCCUCGUCCUCGUCCUCCGACGUCGACGAAGACCAGCCCCCGUCCAACGGGCAACCUGAUCGACGCUCCCUUUCCAUCCCCCAACGCGAUAUCUCCCCUCGCGCAGCCCCCGCUAACGCCUCUGACGCCGUGGCCCCUGAGAUCGCUACCAAGGAAGCGUCUCCUUUGGAGGCCGAGACCGCGACACCACCCGAAGCUGAACCGUCUGCCGCGACACUCAAGAAGGUGAAGGGCAAACCGGGACCGCCGUCAGCACCCAUGGUCAAGCCGGGCAUCGGGAGCGGCAAGAGUUUGUGGUGCGAUCACGUUUGGUGGCUGCUUCUCGGCGGCAAACAAGAGGGGACAACGGCUCGCUUCAACAUCGACUGGAAAGCACUGCCCAAGGCCGAGCGCGACGGAUGGGAUGCUAGGUACCGCCGCGAACACACCAAGACGGGUAAAGCAGGAGCCACCAAGCAAGAGAUAACCUCGGGGCGGAAGAAGAGAAAGAGCACCAACGCGACAGCUUGA